AUGUCGUACGAGAGGAGCGAGAGCAUGGUCACCACGAUAGCUACGAUCACGAUUCCCAUGAUCGGCCUACGCACGGCGACGAAGGAGGGGAGCUGCUGGGCGUCGCCGGGGGCACGGGCCAUGGCCCACAGCACGCGGGCCAUGGAGGCCAUCGUCACGUUGAACGACCAGAGGGUGGUGGAGAUGAAGAGGGACCAUUGGAUGUCGGUGAAGGCCGGGACGUCGCCGAGGCGGUCCCACUGGAGGCCGCCCAUGAUCGGGAGGGCGAUGAACUCGGCGAGGAACGGGGAGAGGAUGAAGAAGAGGAAGAUGAGCGACAGGCGCGUGACCCACGAGAUGCCCCACAUGUUGAUCAGCAUGAUGAUGAACACGAAGCCAAACUUGAUCGCAAACGCCUCGCCGUCCGUCAGAUCGUCCUGUGUAGGCGAUGACGAGGAUGGGGUAGAGGGCCAUGGAGGCGAAGGCGGAGACGAGGUAGUUGAAGGCGUUGAUCCACCCGAUGAAGGGCCCAAAGGCGCGCUGCACCCACACGAUGUUGCCGCCGGACCAGAGGACGGGCACGAGGAAGAGGGCGACGAGGGUGAUGACGGGGCCGGCGGCGCCGACCGACGGUUCGAUACCGAAGGGACCGCCGCAGGUGAAGAAAUACGUCAGCAUGGCCAGCUGGAACGCAUUAAUGUACCGGCGGAUUUCUUGUGA